UACCUGUCUAUCUCCAUCCGAGAUAUGUAUUAGCGUGCGCGGACUGGAUUUACAACACGAUCCCGACCAACAUCUUAUUAGUGACACCCAUCGCUCAUAGACAAGCCCCUCCAUCACAAGGAUACUCAACUCACUUCAACUCAUUAUCCUAUCAGAACAAUAACAACUUCAAAAAGCUACACACAAAAACACCCAAACUCAUAUAUACCACCGUCACAAUGGUCUUCCGCGUAUACAUGCUCGCUGUCAAGGCCCCCGGCAUCACCCUCGAAGAAUUCAAGGACCACUGGGACAACAAGCACCUCAACCUACUCAAAGAAAUUGCCGGAGACGCCUACCCCGACGUCCACGUCCACCGCUACCCAGAAAAGGUCCAGGGCCCUGCGGAAGCCCACUACGAUGGCAUCGGCUACCUAGAAUUCAAGGACAGGGCGGGAUUCUUGAGGUUGAAGGAGAUUGCGGAGAAGCCGGAGAACCAGGCAAGGUUGGACAAGGAUGAGAGGACAUUUUUGGACAAGACUAAGAUCCAAAUGUACGUGGUGGAUGAUGAGGAAUAAGGGACAAAUUCGUAGUCUCUCACACAUAUGAUGAGUUUUCAGGAACUUAAUAUCAAAGAAAUGCACAAUGUAAUUUUUCCCUUCUUCUUGUGAGUUGCGCAAUCAUUCAAUGUGAUGACAUAGAAAAGGUUCGGAGUUACUAGAGUUCUGAUAACUUUGUAUUUCAGCACAGUGAUGUUCUAGGAAUUUUGAAC